UCAGAGAGUGCAUUACAGGGGGCAAAGAUCUUCAAAGUACUCCAUUGCCUGAACACUGGCACUAUUAACAAGUACAAAGGAUGUGAUUUUGACGCAUAGACAUAGAAGAUAAAGAAAUGUUGGCAAAUGAUGUUGAAACUGUAGAGUCAGAGUCGGAGGAUGAGCUUAGCACAGAAAAUUUGGAAGAAGAUGAUGAAAGUGAAAUUGACUUUGGUGAGUCAGCAUCUGAGGAUGAACUUAUCACAGAUUGUGACAUUGAUGAUAGUGAUGCAGACCCGGACUUCAAAAUAUCAAUGAGUGAUGUUGAUUCUGAUGAUGACACAGGAUUUACAGGCAACAGACCUAAUGAGGACAUGGUAUCAACAUCAGAAAGAGGCAAUAAUGAUAGAGCUAUUGAUCCACAGCUCUGUACAGACAAUUUAGUGACAGUUCAGUCUUCAGUAAAGAAUGCAAAAGGCAAUCUGAAUAACAAAAGACAUGCUUGUCUCUAUUGUAGAAAACUCAUGCCCAAUAUUGCCAGACAUUUGACAAACAAACAUUCAAAUGAGCAUGAAGUUGCUAUUAUAUUGAUGUUGCCAUUAAGAAGUAAAGAACGUAAAUCUGCUUGGCAGGAACUUGUAAACAAAGGGGACUUUUCUCACAAUUAUCAAGUCAUUGACAAAGGUCAUGGAACACUUAUUCCAAAGUAUAGAUCGAGGACUAACGUGGAUGAUAUACGAAGCCUAUUACCAUGCCAUUCUUGCAGAGGGUUCUACAAGAAAACAGAUUUGUGGAAACAUCAAAAAAUCUGUUGUGUACAGAAACCAACAUUUUUAAAUUCAAAACAUGUCAGAGCAGGAAAACUAUUAAUGCCACAUAAACAAGCAUCAAAAGAGCUCUUUGAGAAUGUGAUAGUUGAUAUGAAUGAUGAUGAAGUAAAGCGGACAGUUGAAUCAGAUGAUUUUAUUUUGCAUCAUGGGAACAUUCUGUAUGAGGAAAAGGGACAUGAAGGUUACAUCUCUAGCAAACUUAGAGAACUUGGUAGGCUUCUACUUUCAGCUAAAAAUAUGGACGCUGACAUAAAAAGUAUUUUGGAUUUGAUGAAAGCCUCAAAAUGGGAUUUGCUUAUUGCAGCGAUUAAGAAUGUUGCUGAAUAUGAUGAAGAGAGUUGUCAAUUUGGUAUUCCAUCAUUGGUAAGAAAUCUUGGUCUAAGCUUGAAAAGGUGUGCUGAAAUUGAAUAUUCUGAUGCCACAAAAAACAGGAACUUUAAAAAACGUAAUUUGAUAGAAACAUUCCUGGAAACAUAUGAAUUAAAGUGGAAAAAAUGCAUAGGAUCGACAGCUAACCCGGCUCUGGAGGAGAAAAAGUGUAACAAGCCACAGCUUGUGCAAUUAGUAGAAGAUGUUAUUAAGCUCAACAAGCAUUUAGAGGAAAACGUGAAAAGGCUUUGUAUUCAAGUUGAAAAGAACCCAAUGGAAUAUUAUGCUGACUUUGUAAAAAUCUGUUUUGCACAGGUCAUCCUUUUCAAUAGAAAAAGAAGUGAAGCAGCUGAAAGAAUUACUGUGAAAGAUAUUUUAGCUGUUAAAUCUGGAGGACUAGUGGAUGACACUAUAAAAAAAUCAUUGACUUUGUUUGAACAGAAACUGAGCAAGUCACAUUCGAGAGUUGAAAUUAAAGGGGAAAAAGGAGCCAGAAUGCCAAUCCUGUUAACAGCAAAAAUGGCUUUUUGCUUAAAUAAGCUUCUCAAGUAUAGAGAUGCAGCAGGUGUCGAUGAUAAAACAUUCCUGUUUGCAAGGCCAGGCUCUGCUGAGCAGCCAUACAGAGGAUGUGAUGUGCUGAGGGAGUUUGCCAGUGACUGUAAUUUGAAGCAUCCUGAAUGUAUAACAUCAACAAAAGCGAGAAAACAGCUUGCAACACUGACUCAAAUUCUUAACCUCGGGGAAAAUUAUCAAGAUGUUUUGGAAUCUUUCAAGGAACAUGAUAUCAUUGUUCAUGGACAAUUUAUCCAGUCACCAGGGAGUACAUUACAUGUGGCAAAGACCUUCAACUUACUCAAUUGCCUUAACAGUGGCACAAUUAACAAGUACAAAGGGUGCGAUUUUGAUGACCUAGAUGUAGACCUUCAAGAAAUUUUGGAGGAGGAUGAUGAUGAAAGAGAUAUUGAAAGUGAUAAGUCAGAGUCAGAGGAUGAGCUUACCACAGGUAAUAUUGACUCCUUUGCUGAUUGAUGGUCUGGUGUUCAUUUUCUGUUGUCCAUUGCCCAUAGUCAGCAUUUUUACUUAA